AUGAAGUUUUCAUCAUUAAUACCAAUCGCUUUAACCACGGCUACUAUUGCCGCACAAGGAAGUACCGUCGUUGUUGGUUUCACCACAACUAUCAUCAAUCCAGAUGAGCCAUCACCUGGAGGAGAGCAACAGCAACCAACACCGAAUCAAACCCCACAGUCGCCUACUGGCGUUAUCGUGACUCCAACUCAAGGGGGAGAAGGUGGUGGAGAAAUAACAACUGUGACUGAUACCAAUACAGGUACUGGCACGGGAACCGGAACCGGUACCGACACUGAUGAUCAAAACACUGUGACUGUUACUACCGAGGCUACAACUGGAACAGAGGGAGCUGGUGGAGCUGGUGGAGGGGCUGGAGGACAAGCCAAUACCACAACUACUGAGCAAGCGCAUACUGGGCACAAUGAAACUACUACGCAAACUAAUCAAACGGGGACAGGAACUGCUACUGUGACUCCAACUGAGUCCCCUGCUACUGCAACUAAUGCCGCUGUUGGUUUGGCUGCUGGUGCAUCGUUGGGCUAUCUUGUUGCACUCUUGUUUGUUUAG